UUAGUUGGGAUCGCCUUACGUGAUAUGGCCGAUAUUAUUGGUCCGCUACGGCCUUCUGAUAGUUGGUCAACCACGGAAGUCCGGACUCUACAGCAUUCUCAUGUUUGGGCAAUCAGAGGAUUUUCACAGUGCGAUUGUCGUUAUUUGGAGACUUCAGUAAAAAUUAAAGAAUCGCCGAUUCCAAAUACGAACUGUGAUAGUUAUUUGACUUUUCGUAUUCGCUUGCAUCCGCAAGGAAAUAAGGAAUCCAAUAAAGACUUUAGUUUUUUUCAGGUGUUUUGUAACACUAAUACAACGAAAUAUCGUGCUAAAUUUUCUGUCUUUAAUGCCAAAAAUGAAGAAGCACAGACUACUGUUUACAACGGGACACAACAGUUGCACGGAUAUUUUGAGUAUAUUCGACGUGAUCUUCUUAUUGCCCACAUUCAACCACAGGACGAGUUACAGCUGGUUUUGAAUUUGACUAUUAAUUUUGAUACUGUGACAAAAACCAGCCAGACCCAGCGGCCAAGUGGCUUACCGGAGCCUAAAUUUACUGAGAUGGCUCGUGACAUGGAGAAUUUUUUCCGUGAAGGGAGGCUGUCCGAUUUUACAAUUAUCGCCGGUGGUCGUGAAAUGCGUGCGCACAGAGCAAUUUUAUCUGCUCGCUCUCCAGUAUUCGCUGCUAUGUUGGAGCCACAUACUGAAGAAUAUAAAAACAGUCAAGUUAAUUUUGCUGAUAUCGAAUAUGAGGUGAUGCAUGAAUUAUUAACUUACAUCUAUAGUGGACGGUCUCCGAACUUGACUAAUAUGGCUCUAGACUUAUUGGCUGCAGCGGAUCGCUUUCAGUUAACUGGUCUCAAAGAGAUGGCUGAUCAGGUUCCAACCUUAAAACUUUGGGGUGCACAGGUGCUGCGUAGCGGUCUUACUGUAGAGUCGGCUUGCCGGUAUCUUGUUUUCGCAGAUAUGCAUAGUGCACAGGACUUGAAGUUGGAUGCUCUAAGGUUUAUCGCUCAAAAUUCAGCGUCAAUAAUUUCGACUGAUGGCUGGGCAGAGUUAGUGAAGCAAGAUCCUGCUUUAGUGACUGAAGUUGUAUCGGCUAUCGCUGCUGCAGAUCCUCGCGCAACCGUGCCGAACGCCAAUAAUUCUUCUUGUAUAUUUUAG